GCCUUGCGCUCCUCACCCACACCACAGCGCAGCAUUCGCAAGCAAGGGAGCAGCAAGGUUUCGAGUUAAGCACCCCCACGGAGAGAAGAUGGUUUUCAACCCGCCGGUGUUGAAGCAGGAUGCAGACGAGAAGCCGGUGAAGGUCACGGUGUCGCCGGCGAGGUCGGGAGACGCCUACAUCGAGCAAGCCAAGCGAGCUGCUGCGUGGAUCGGAUUGCUGCUCAUAUGCUGGCUGUUCCAGAGACUCAUGUGCCACUUCGACCUGCCUCCUCACUGCGACCUACCGUCAGACGCCCUGGAGGUCCUCACGGACUUGUUGGCGCUCUUGGUUUUCGGAUUAACACAGGCAUGGUUCUGCGAGGUGUUGGAGGAGAGGAGAUUCCGCCACCUCACCCGGGAGGCGUACUUUGGCGUCGUCAUCAUCGUCAUGGGCCUGAUUGUGUCCGCCAUCGAAACGACGGACUGGUUCCAAGACAUGCGGUUCGACGACAACAGCGACUGGAGAGACUCGCACAUCGUGGUGGCUGUGAUUCUCAUCACGUUCGUGCUGGUGAUCGUGGCUUACCACUUCGCCGAGGCGUGGAGGACAUUGCCGGGCGCAUACUACGUCUCCGGUAACAUCAACCUCGACAUCGUCAUCGAGGAGAACCUCCACCGAAUAUACAAUGUCAGCCGCGGCCUCAUCGUGUCCUACGCCCUCCUGUACGGAGCCUUUGCGUUCGAAGAGGGAGACGGUCUUAAGCAGCACUAUGUCCUUCUCGCCUGGGUGCUCUCGCUGACGGCCCAGUUCAAGAGCAAGGUCAGCAUUAUCUGGCUCGCCCUGUGCACGGGCGUGUUCAUCCAGGGGUUCGGCUCCUACCGAUUGAGGUUCCUCUGCGAGGUGUUCGGCAACUACGGCAACGGCUUCGGGGUCCCCGGAAGCGGCUUCGGAGAUUCUGACAGCGGCGACAACAACUUCAUUGUCGAUAGCCCAGACGACGUAGACAGCGCAGACGACAGCACCAGCUUUGACGAGGAGUCUGAUGACUAAUCUCUUCUAGCGACGGCCUGGCUGACUAGUCCUCGAACCAACGGAAUGGCGCGGACCCUGGGAAAAAGACAAGAUCAGGCCACGGCUGGGAGAGAAAGAUUCACGUCAUGCCGGUGGCGAAGGCGACGUCAUAAUCGUGAUAGUCUGUGGCGCGUUUUCUCUGACGGUUUGGGAGUGUCGUUCAAAUGCUCGCCCGGGGGGAAUGAUAUUCGCGCGAUAUCCGGGGAUGUCGGAUCGAAUGAAGUGUGGCCAGGCCGACGGAUUUGGUAGGAAGGGAGUUCGUUGGUUUGACGUGAGACAACCUAAGAUCCCGGCGAACGGUCAAGCGCGGUGUCAGUUGGAUCGGGGACGAAUUGUUUGCGUGUUUUUUUUUUUUCUCUGUACCACGGGAGGGCACCGCUUUCGCCUGUCUGGUGCACUGCUGGUGUGGCCACCUAAAUAAGAUUCCUUACAACGUGGGGGUGGUCGCUCUUCAAGCGUUGCACUUUUUUUUUGUAUCUUGUGGCGAAGUAGCGGGCGUGGUCGGGGCACUCCCUUCCAAGUGGCGCAUACUUUUUGUUGUUGCGGUUGCAGCUGCCAGCGAGAACCAUCGUCGGUUGUUGUGACUUACUUGGAGGGAGGGGUAACAGAGCGAGUAUGCCUGGCGUUAGCUGGUUGGAAGGCGGGGGAGGGGCAUCCAAGAAAAAGGCCGUGGAGCAGAGCAAGCAAGCCUCCUACAAGUCAGGGCGAGGGAUGGGGUCAAGACAGAAUCGAGAAUAGAGGAGCAGGCAGGCACGUCGAAGUAAGAGCCGAGUUGCUUCUAUGUGUGCGUAACUGUUUGGUUGUGGUAUCGUGUAGAGCGUUGAAUUAAGGGUCUAACUUUGACGUUGGGGAAAUGACCGGUUUGGCUUUUGCUUCCCCGUCUCUAAUCCGGCUCAUCUCUGGUUUUUGUUUGCCGUUUUGAUGAUGCCCGUCCCCCCCCCCCCCGUGUAUGUGGCGUUGGAACCGCCCAACCCUGUUUGCAUGUUUGCAUGUUGUGCGUCCCCCCCUUCUUUGUGGUCCAAGCCUGUCGUGUGUGGCACCGAAAGUGUGGAUGCCAGUGCCUAGACAUCGAUCGGAUGGGACGUACGAGCAAGGUCAACCAAUCGGCUUCGCUCACCUCUGGUUGCGUAUAUCUCGUGCAUGGUUUUCCAACAUCGUGCUGUGGUGCCCUUUGGCCGCAACGGCACCGCGAGGGCUCUCAGAUAAGGCUUGGAUCAGGUCCAGUACCUGUUAUUUUGGUGUCGGCCGCUUGCACCCUUGCAAUUGGCCAGCGAAGAAAGCGAGGUGCGGGAGGUUCGUAGGAUAGCUAACCUGUUGUAGUUGUGGCUACGCUCUCAAUAUAGACGUGUGCUUGAACCACAGCAAUAGCUGUGACCCCGGUAUUCCGGUAAUCAUCGUCUCCCGCUGUUGCUUUAGGCUUAAAAAGAUCUUGCCGAAAUACUUUGAUUGUGGAGUGCGUGUCUUCCGGGUGGUGGUGCAUUUUCUCCGGACGCUUAAUCCUUUGGGGUGUGAGCGCCGUUGGUUGCCUUUGACUUGGCUUGUCUUUUUCUUUCUUUUUCGCUGAAAGAGGGAUACGAUAGGUAUUGGAUGAUGAUCGAGAGGCUUUUGUUUGACUUGUUUACGGCGUGUAGAUUGCAGCAGGUCUCGGGUGGACUAAAUCGGUGCAUCCGAUAGGUUUGACUUGACGUGGGAGAGAUGUGUUAAUCUUUUGUUGAUUUCGUGACGCGAGUGUUGUCGCGCGUUGUUGGGUGUUGGUUGCCUGUUGGCGUGAUGGAUGAAAGUGACCGUAGCAUUAGCGUAGCGUUGACCGGCGGCGACAAAGAUACUAGAUACUGAACAUGGCGAGUUCCUGGACUUGUUCCCGUUCAAUUGUUGGUGGCUCUGCCCCCUUCAGCCAGUGGGAACCAACUCAUUUCACUGCGUUCAUGUUUCAUUUUACGUUGCUGCAUGCAGGUGCAUUUGUUGCCAGACACGUUCUUUUUCUUCCAAGACAAAUUUGCCUUUGGUUUCAUCUUGAAUACCUGCAACGAAGCGAGAGAAUCAAGCGAGCUUUCCAGAUCGGAAAACCAAC